AUGGAUGCCAUUGCGCUCAAGCAUGUCGAAAAGUUGUUUGACACUGGCUUCAAGCUGGCCUGGAACCACAAGUUCCGUGAGGUCUCGGUGGAGAGACGCAUAUAUUGCCCGUCACCGAGUUGUGGCCAGUGGAUCAAGGACGAAAACUUGUUUCGCGGAGAGGACGGCCGGCAGACGGCCGUCUGUGGCCGUUGUCGUACAAGCGUCUGUUGUUUGUGCAAUAACAAGGCACAUGCAUCACGCGAUUGCCCGCGUGAUGAGAGGACAAUACGCUUUCUGGCCAAAGUUGAGGGCCGCCAGACCUGCAACAGAUGCAAGUCGGAAGUGGAGCUUGAAGAGGGCCAGAACCAUAUGAUUUGGUACUGCGGUGCUGAAUCAUGCAUGAUCUGCGGAGCAAAAUGGGGGCAUUGCGACUGCCAAGUAUUUGAUGUUGAAACAGACCGUGCUGGGUACGGCCAUCUUCCAUAUCCGCCCACCAAUGGUUCUCGGUAUGAUCGGUUUGGCUCAGCACCGGCGAUUGCCACUAGGGAUUUCCGUCCCAGCAAUUCUGGUGGGAGCCGGCCCUAUUCAGCAGGCGAAGGUAUGCGGUCCCGCCCGCAGAGCAGCUACGAAGACAAAUCGCGUGCUCGUUCGUAUCGCGACGACUAUCGAGCUGAUACCCACCGGGACAACGACCUGGCCCGGCGCAUGGAGGCAUUCGGAGGACUCGGGGAUGAUGACGACACGAUGGAUGCCUUCAGCUCAGCUAUCAAAAAGGCACGGCUUGAUCGAUAUGCGAGACGGCAUGCCAACGACGACGCAGGUGCCCCCGUCCAUCGUAGAAGAAGUUUUAUGGAAGACAAAGAUUACGACCGCGACGAAAGCGACGACCGUGACUACUCUGCCCGGGCAGCGGCGGACAUUCUUCCCUCCGCACCGCAUCCUCCACCUGCUCCCCCGACUCCGCCACAGCAACAGGCACAAGCUCAAGCCCAAUCCGCACAGCAUCGCUACCAGCACCAGCAGCUCCAGCAAACCCACCCGCCUCCCCCGCCUCACCCACCAUAUCCAUCACUUCAACAGCACCAGCCACUUCACCCGAUUCACCCGCAACACGAUCGAUUUGAACUACAUGAGCAACUCGAACAUCAACGAGCGCCACCGCCGCCUUCGCAGUAUCCCACUACGACAUAUGACCGCCCUGCCGCGUCGAUGGACUUCUACACAAGCGGGCCAAGCCGUACCCGUGCUGUUACCACAGACUCAGAGGUGGGCCGACUGGCAAACCGCUUCAACACAGAGUCCAGGUCUGGUCCGAUGCAUCGACCAAAGGCACCACCGGCUCUUACCGGACCGCCUAUGGCGACAGGUGUGUCUCAUGGUGUGCCAAUGGGGGCAGGUGGCGGGAUGGGAGUUAUGCCGAUGGGCCCGAUGUCUCCAAACGGUCCUAUGGCACCCUUGCCUCCUAUGAUGCCGAUGCAGGGACCACCCCCGCCGCUGAUGCCGCCUCCACUUAUGGGCUCCAUGCCAAUAAUGUCCAUGGCACCCAUUCCUCACCCGAGUAUAAUGCCGGAAAUACCCAUGAUGCGCAGGCACCUGAUGGAAGAGGACAUGUUCAUGGGCCACGAGCCGCUACAACGUGGAGGGUCGUUUGAGCAGGUUCCGUUUUCUAGUUAUCCCGUGGAAGAUGAGUACGCCUUCAGUUCUGGUGCGGGCGGACGUCGCCACCGGCGCCGGGACGAGGACGCCUCGCACGCACAGGAAGCGCGCAGGUCUGAAAUGGCUGGCCUUGCCGGCCCUGGCCGUGGCAUGGACCGCGUAGCAGAUUGGAUGGAGUUUGUUGGUAACGAGCCACCUGGCAAAGAUUCCGACAGCGUACUCAAUCCGUGA